UCCCAGCCUUCAACACACAACACAAACACACAUACUAGGCUAAAUAUACACACAUAUCCACCGUUUAUCUCGAAGAAGAACUUAUUAACCACGUACGUAGCAGAAAUGGCGGCAAAGCUUGCGGUGAAGGUUGCAUGCAUGUUGGUUGUGUGCAUGGUGGUGGCGGCGCCGAGUGCGGAGGCGGCCAUUACGUGCGGGUCGAUGGUGGCGAAGCUGAGCUCAUGCCUUAAUUAUGUGUCGGGUAAGGUGAGUGGAUCGCCCCCGACCACUUGCUGUAGCGCCAUUAAGUCUAUCAACAGCGUCGCUACCACCACCCCCGACCGCCAGGCUGCCUGCAAGUGCUUGAAACAGAUGGCCGGAAGCUAUUCCGGCGUCAACAUGGGCCUCGUCUCCGGCCUCCCCAACAAGUGUGGCGUCAAUAUUGGCUACCCCAUCAGCACCUCCGUUGACUGCGCCAAGGUUCACUGAGCUAGCUAGGCUGACGACGGAGAGAAGACGCCGUGUUAAUAUGGUGGUAAUGCUAGUAUGAUGAGGAAUAAAUAAGACGGGACUGCUGCGGUUCCCGUUAGGAAUACCGUUUGUUUGGGUUCCAUCUUUGUAUUAAUUAACGUUGGCUAUCUUUACAAUGCAGUACGUACAAUUCUCUGUACCCUAGUAUUGGAGUGUUGUAUUUACUUGCUUAAUUAUAUUUGUAUUUCUAUAAUGCAUGCAUGGUGUUCUUCUUUUUCAA